CCCGCGAAACUCUUCCCGUCGUCUUUUCCCUCACAUUUUCUCUCCAAACGAACGCCCUUCCAUUCCAAAGAUAAACUAUAUCCACCCGUUGCUAUAAUCAGCCCCUCUCCUCUCUCAUUUCCCUUCUUUCUCUUCUCUAUAUUUUCUCGACAUUGAUCUUCUUUCUAACGCUAACUUUUAUUUUUUUUCUGCUGCGAAAUCAUCUCUUUUAGUGUCCCAAAUUCAGAUCUAUCCCGCAUUGUUUUAGUAUUCGGAGUUUCCUUUUUGUGAUUCGAUGAGUCGCUUCGAUUCUAACCCUUUCGACGAGGAAGAGGUCAAUCCUUUCUCGGACCCAGCUGUCAGGAAAGGAUCAGCGCAAUCAAAUUAUGGUGGAGGUGCCUUUUAUACUACAAAUCCUGGUAGUGUUCCUCCUGCAACAUCAAGGCUGUCACCCCUUCCUCCUGAACCGUAUGACCGUGGUGCAACAAUAGAUAUUCCUCUUGAUUCUGCAAAGGAUUUAAAAGCAAAGGAGAAGGAACUUCAAGCAAAAGAGGCUGAAUUGAAAAAGCGAGAACAGGAAUUGAAAAGGAAGGAGGAUGCAAUAGCACGUGCUGGAAUAGUAAUAGAGGAGAAAAAUUGGCCACCAUAUUUUCCUAUUAUCCACCAUGACAUUGCAAAUGAAAUACCAAUCCACCUACAAAAGAUGCAGUAUGUUGCUUUCACAACAUUAUUAGGUUUGGUUCUUUGUCUUUCAUGGAAUAUAAUAGCUGUUACUACAGCCUGGAUCAAGGGAGAAGGUCCAACAAUUUGGUUUCUUGCCAUCAUAUAUUUUAUAUCUGGGGUACCUGGAGGCUAUGUGUUGUGGUAUCGCCCUCUUUAUCGUGCCAUGAGGACUGAUAGCGCAUUGAAGUUUGGAUGGUUUUUCUUGUUUUACUUGUUGCAUAUUGGCUUUUGCAUCUUUGCUGCAGUUGCUCCCCCAAUUAUUUUCAAGGGAAAGUCUCUUGCAGGUAUUUUGCCUGCAAUAGAUCUCUUGGGCAACCAUGCUUUGGUGGGGAUAUUCUACUUUAUUGGUUUUGGAUUUUUUUGUGUUGAAUCACUGCUCAGUGUCUGGGUUAUUCAGCAAGUUUACAUGUAUUUCCGAGGUAGUGGUAAAGCUGCAGAGAUGAAGCGUGAGGCUGCAACAAGAACCAUGAUGGCAGCACUAUGAUAGGGAGACUCUAAUAGAAGUUGGUAUUUGCAGGUGGACUAGGAUUUGUCCAAGAAAUUCCCUUACUUGUUCUUCCCAUACACCAUUGGUGCCUUUCUGGCCGGCCUAUUCAUUUUAUUAAUGUGUUGUUUUAAGUGUAAUUCUGAAUGAAGAAUGUUGAGAAAUCAGAUAAAGUUGAAAACAAAGAUAAUCAAAGUUUUUGUCUGGUUUGUACCAGGCUAACCCUUGUUUUCCCCAUAUUUCA